AUGCCUGCUCCUCAUCUCCCCGAUCUCAAUCACAUUCGUGCCACCAUUUCCUUCGACAACCUCUUCAGCAUUGUUCUUCGUUAUGGCCAUGCAACAACUCCUCAUGACAAGCCUUGGGAAAAUAGAGACAUGGCGUUGUUUGAGAUGGGACCUGAGUCCUAUGGGACUGCCAUGGUCACAUGCAAGUGCCAACCAGCUGCCUUUGCACUAUGGACAACUACUAAACUAGGUGUGUUUCGCUGGGACAGACCUUGGGAUCCCAGUAUUACUUUUGAAAACCAUGGUUUGGAGCCCCAACACCUUUAA